AUGAAGGGAAUUCUAUCGAAGAAAAGGAAACUGGAGGACUAUGAGACAGUGGCACUUACUGAGGAGUGCAACGCAAUUCUCCAAAAGAAACUACCUCCCAAGAUUAAAGAUUCGGGUAGUUUCACCAUUCCUUGUUCUAUAGGGAAUGUGGUUUUCGAAAAAGCACUCUGUGAUUUAGAGGAAAGUGUGAAGUUAAUGCCUCUAUCUAUUUAUCAAAAACAUAAAUUGGGGGAAGCGAGACCAAAUAUUGUUACACUACAAAUGGCAAAUCGCUCAGUCAAACAUCCUUGGGGUAUUAAUGAGGAUGUACUAGUAAAGGUGGAUAAAUUUAUCUUCCCUGCAGAUUUCAUUAUUCUCGACAUGGAGGAAUAUACUAAUAUCCUAAUAAUUCUUGGAAGGCCAUUCUUGGCUACCGGUAGUGUUUCCUAG